AUGCCGGGCUUGACCACCCCAGCAACCACGCACCGAUACGACCGACGGGUACGGAUACCACCAUCCGUCGCACACCAAUACGAUGCCGGGCUUGACCAGCCCCAGCAACCACGCACCGAUACGACCGACGGGUACGGGUACCACCAUCCGUCGCACACCAAUACGAUGCGGCUUGACCAGCCCCAGCAACCACGCACCGAUACGACCGACGGGUACGGGUACCACCAUCCGUCGCACACCAAUACGAUGCCGGGCUUGACCAGCCCCAGCAACCACGCACCGCAAUACGGUGAACGCAUGUCCGGCUUGACCAGCCCCAACAAGCAGGACCACUCGUCUAUCCUCUGUCUUUCCUCUCUCCGUGUUCUGGCUACGUAUUCAGGCAUGCCCGACUCGAAGCGCGUCACCCGAUCGGUUGCAACCGAACAAGGCUCCGAAACGCCCAGGUCGACCAGGUCGACCAACACCCAGGCCGCAGGCGGCUCCAUGAAAAAUAGUAAAUUCACGAAGGGCAAGGCGAAAGAAGUGGCCGCCAAGAAGAAGGGUCAGGAAAGGGAGAAGGAGAAGGAGAAGGAGCGACGCACUACUCAGGUCCGGAAGAGGGCGUCGAAGAUAAUGGCCGAAGAAGAAUUAUUGAGUGAUGAAGAGCAACCGAAAACAAAAAAGAAGAAGUGUGCUGUGGUGGAGGACGAGGCGGAAGCCGAUGAGCAGGAUAAGGCAGUCGAAGACACGCCAGAAGAUGUCGAGAUGGAGGAUGACACUACUAGUAAGCAGCCUACUACCACUCGACCCAAACCGAAGCCGGCAUACGGUAAAUUCGCGAGACCCGAGACGUCCUUGGAUCCCGCCGAGGAGAAUGUUGCACAAACACUGAUCGGGGGCGGCGUGAAGCCAGGGAGAACGCUGGCAGUAGUCUCUGGCGGUGGCAAGUCCACUCACGGUACUGCCAAACCGAAGGCACUGCCGGUGAGUGGGAAGGACAAGGGUAAGGCCCGAGCAACAGGCAAGGAUGACUCGGUCGAGAGCGAGCAUGACCCCAAAUCAGACGAAGACAGCGAUGGCGGAGGCAGCGAUGAUGCUUAUGACGAUGACGCAGGCGACGAUGGGAGUCAGGUCGAGGAUGAGGACGACGUCGACGAUGUAGGGCCUGAGUCUCAAGAGUCGGAGGACGGAGACGAUGAGGGCGAGGACGAGGGCGAUGUGGUAGUCGUGUCUGAGACGAGGGCGCAAAGCAAGCCGGCUCUCGCCAAGUCGACGGGCAGUGGUCGAGACAGCAGCAGUCGCGCCAGGGUCGCCGACUUACCAGCCAAAGUCAGGACUCUCGUCUCGGCCGCGCAAAAUUGUCUGCGACUACGCAUUGCGCUCAACUCGGCGUGGACGAAGGAGGCUUCAGUCGCGUCCAAGCGGCUGCCAAGGAGGGAUAUACUAAUCCGUGACAGUGUUCGCGACGCUUAUGACAGACGAGGGACUGGCAACCAUGCUGCCGACAUCAAGGCCGCGUUUUGGCUGCUGGCCGACAAGAAGGACGACAAGAAGAAAGACAAGAAGGAAGCGGAUCACACCCAGAAAGACAAGAAGAAAGCGAAUGGCGAUGCGAGCUCGGAUGGUGACGAGGACUCGGAACGAGCCGCUUUGAGAGCGAAGGCCUACUCCGUGACUCGGAACGAGCUCAAGAGGAAGGCGAAGCAAGUGAUAGAGCAGACCUUCAAGCUUGGCAGCCUGACAGUUCCUCAAAGGACCGAGGUCGUCGUUUGGCUUCUCGAGACGCACCCAACGGAAUUCCACUUCGAUCGCAAGAAAAAGCUGGAUCGAGAGCUUACCAAGGUCGAGCCCACGGAGCCAUUCCGAAACGAAUGCAUCCCUGAGCUCAUCUACCAGUACUACGGCCUGGCAGGACGCGGCGAUGCGAACAUCAAUGCGGCCCUGGAUGAGUUCAGCAAGAUGCCCUUCAACCUCAUCGCCCUCGCAUGCAACGCGAUCGAGGCAGCACUGAUGGAGGUAACGUCGCACAACCAGUCCAUAUUUUUCUCCGGCAAGCUUUUCGCGGCCAAGUGGGAUGGCACGAUGGCCAUCCUAGAGACUCUGGAAGACAGUGCCAGCGAGUACCUCGAAGAGACGCGAGAGCUCAUAUGGAAGCACAUCAGCAAUCGUCUCAACGCUGGCCCCAACGCGCUCGAGGGAGUGACGGACAGCGAUGAGCAGCCGGGCAGCUUCAUCCCUUUGCUCCAGUUGCGUGCAUCAAAGGCGCAGAGCAGCAGCGACAAGCCCGGCACAUCGAAGGCUGCGACCAAGCCGCCGUCGAGCACCGCGAAGAAGGGCAAUAAAUCCACCACAUCAUCGAAGACCGCGGGCAAGCCGUCCGGCUCAUCGAAAAGCGCGAAGACACCGAAUUCUUCGCAGGCUGCGAAGAAUCCACCCAGUCCAUCGAGGAAGACUCGCGGUGCAGGCGCGUCGACUUCGAAGUCACAGAACCACCAACGGCGCGACUCUGACGGCAGCGAGGGCGGUGAAGCGGGUGGACAGGGCCACAGUGAGGACGAAGGGGGCGCCGGACUCUCUGGCGAAGGCGGUGAAGGGGUUCAGACUGAGAUCGAUGAACUCCGCGGGUCUGGAGAAGACCGUGGCAGUGGAGCAUCCACGAACGGCGGGGCCUGA